CGUGCUCGGCCCGGGCUCCGGAUUGCGCUCGGCCCCCGGCUCGCGCUCGGCCCCCGGCUCGCGGCCCGCGGCGGCGCGCCCCCUGCACCCCGCGCCCCCCGCAGCCGCACUCGGCCCCGCGGAGGAGCGGCCAUGCCGCCCCGGCGCAGCAUCGUGGAGGUGAAGGUGCUGGACGUGCAGAAGCGGCGGGUGCCCAACAAGCAUUAUGUCUAUAUCAUCAGGGUCACGUGGUCCAGCGGCAGCACCGAGGCCAUUUAUCGGCGUUACAGCAAGUUCUUCGACCUCCAGAUGCAGAUGUUGGACAAAUUUCCCAUGGAAGGCGGACAGAAGGAUCCCAAACAGCGGAUCAUUCCCUUUCUCCCGGGCAAAAUUCUCUUCCGACGGAGCCACAUCCGCGACGUGGCCGUCAAACGCCUGAUACCAAUCGAUGAAUACUGUAAGGCCCUGAUCCAGCUGCCCCCCUAUAUCUCCCAGUGCGAUGAGGUGCUGCAGUUCUUUGAGACAAGACCUGAGGACCUGAAUCCCCCCAAAGAGGAGCAUGUCGGGAAAAAGAAAUCUGGGGGUGACCUGACCUCAGUGGACCCCAUGGUCCUGGAACAGUAUGUGGUGGUGGCGAACUACCAGAAGCAGGAGAGCUCGGAGAUCAGCCUCAGCGUGGGGCAGGUGGUGGACAUCAUUGAGAAGAACGAGUCAGGGUGGUGGUUCGUCAGCACAGCGGAAGAGCAAGGUUGGGUCCCCGCGACCUGCCUCGAAGGGCAGGAUGGUGUGCAGGAUGAGUUCUCCCUCCAGCCUGAAGAAGAGGAGAAGUACACAGUCAUCUACCCAUACACAGCCCGUGACCAAGAUGAAAUGAAUCUGGAGAGAGGCGCCAUGGUGGAGGUCAUCCAGAAAAACCUGGAAGGCUGGUGGAAGAUCAGGCACCAGGGCAAAGAGGGCUGGGCCCCAGCCUCCUACCUGAAGAAGAGCAGCGGGGAGCCCUUACCCCCGAAGCUGGGCCCCGGCUCCCCUGCGCACGCGGGCGUCCUCGAGCUGGACGGAGUCUCCCGGCAGCAGAACUCGGUGGGCCGGGAGAAGGAGCUGCUCAACAAUCAGAGGUUCGACGGCCGCUUUGACAGCCGCCCGGCGCCCGACGCUGACAUCAAACAGAGAUCCCCUAAGAUGCGGCAGAGACCCCCUCCUCGCCGGGAUAUGACCAUACCCCGAGGCCUCAACCUGCCUAAGCCUCCCAUCCCGCCCCAAGUGGAGGAGGAGUACUACACCAUUGCCGAGUUCCAGACAACCAUCCCCGAUGGCAUCAGCUUCCAGGCGGGCCUGAAGGUCGAGGUGAUCGAGAAGAACUUGAGUGGCUGGUGGUACAUUCAGAUUGAAGAUAAGGAAGGCUGGGCCCCGGCGACCUUCAUUGACAAGUACAAGAAGACGAGCAAUGCCUCGAGACCCAACUUCCUGGCUCCCUUGCCCAACGAGGUGGCGCAGCUCCGGCUGGGGGACGCAUCAGCGAUGGAGAACAGCACGGGCAGUGAAGCCGUCGGCCCCUCCCGGCCCCUGCCCGAUGCCCCGCAUGGUGCUGUGGACUCAGGGAUGCCGUGGUCCAAAGACUGGAAGGGCGGUAAGGAGGUCCUGAGGAAGGCAUCUUCAGACAUGUCCUCUUGCGCAGGCUACGAGGAGAUCUCGGACCCCGACCCAGAGGAGAAGCCCAGCCUCCCUCCCCGGAAAGAAUCCAUCAUCAAGUCGGAAGGGGAGCUGCAGGAGCGGGAGCGGCAGAGGAUGGAGCAGCUCAGGGGCUCUUCGCCCAAGCCUCCCGGCAUGAUCUUGCCAAUGAUUCCAGCCAAGCACGCCCCGCCGGCCCGGGACGGCAGGAAGCCAGAGCCCAAAGCUGACAAGAGCAAGUUGUUCCAGCUGAAAAAUGAGAUGGGGCUGGAAUGUGGCCACAAAGUAUUGGCCAAGGAAGUGAAGAAGCCCAACCUCCGACCUAUCUCCAAAUCCAAAGCUGACCCACCGGAGGAGAAGCCGGAAGCCAUCCCCCAGAACCCCUUCUUGAAGUCCAAACCUCAGGUUAGGCCAAAACCAGCUCCUUCCCCCAGGACAGAGCCACCUCAGGGCGAAGACCAAGUGGACAUCUGUAACCUCAGGAGCAAGCUCAGGCCUGCCAAGUCCCAAGAGAAACCCUUGCUGGAUGGAGAGAGUAGCCACCAGGCUGUGGGAGGCCAGGACGGGGCCUUCAGCCGUAGCUUCCUCCCAGGGGAGGGGCCCGGCCGCGCCCAGGACAGGACAGGCAAACAGGAUGGGCUCAGCCCGAAGGAGGUGUCCUGCAGAGCUCCUCCGAGGCCAGCCAAGACCGCAGAGCCUGUGCCUAAGAAUGUGCCGGUCCCCCUCCAAGAGGCUUCCCAGCAGAGACCCGUGGUCCCACCUCGCAGACCACCACCCCCCAAGAAAACCUUGUCGUCCAGGCCCCCUCCAGAGGUCAGAGGGCUCCCUCCAGAGGUCAGAGGGCCCCCUCCAGAGGUCAGAGGGCCACAGCGGGAGACCAACGAAGGCAAGGCAGCUCCUGCCCCAGGCCGGGCCCUGCUUGUCCCUCCAAAAGCCAAACCUUUUCUCCUCAACUCCUCAGGGGGCCAAGAUGACAUGCGAGGCAAAGGUGGGCCGGGGCCACGGAUGACGGGCAAGAUGGGAGAAAACAAGGAGAGAGUGGCUGCCGCCCCCUUCCCCGACGCCGACGGCCCGAAGGACUCUUUGUACGUGGCCGUGGCCAACUUUGAAGGGGACGAUGACACCAGCAGUUUCCAGGAGGGGACGGUGUUCGAGGUCCGGGAAAAGAACAGCAGCGGCUGGUGGUUCUGCCAGGUCCAGAGCGGGGCCCCCUCCUGGGAAGGGUGGAUUCCUUCCAACUAUCUCAGAAAGAAGCCGUAGCCUCCUCUCGCCCUGCCUGGAGGUCCUGCGUGUCCCUGCCGGCUUUACCCACGUAUUUAAUAUGCCUCUUAACUUAUCAUCCUCCACGCAGCUUCAAAGUAUGGAAGACUGGAAUACUGUGGUUGCUUCCCUCCCCUGGGUGGAGAGUGAUCCUUCCCAUCACAGCAUCUGCUGGAGGCUCAGAGGCCACACCCCUUUCUGUUUACUCAGCAUCUCUGCCUUAAGGCUAGUGGCGUUGCCACCCAGCAGCGGGACCAUUUCUCUCCAAGGCCUCCAGGACUAGAACCCACCAUCUGGAGAAACUACAGAAAGGGUCUCUUGUUGUUUGGAUCAGGCAGAGUACGAGGAAGUCCCCCCCAGCACCCCACCCAGUCCAUUGAUGUCCAGAGACUUGAUUCCCUCCAUUUCCAAAAUGCCUGGUCCCCAAAAGAACUUCAUCCUGUAGAAGUCGGCUCCACUGCCGAUCCCAGGGAGGUGUCCUCUUCCCCGAGGCCUCAGGCCCAUGGGCCUCUCAGGUUCAGCCAGAUGCAGCUGCCCCAGGAGUGGGCCUGGUGGUUCACGCAACCAUCCUGCCUCCCAUCUUCUGUGCUGGGACACUGGUCAAAAGGAGUGGUUCCAGCUCCAAGCAUGCCUCACUUCCCUGCUGCAGGCUCUGGUCCAGCCCAGGGCUUUUAAACGAGAAUCCCCAGCCCACCUUGAGGGGGCCUUUCACUUCUGCCCACCUAAAGCAAGAAUCUCAGUGUUUAAAUGAGGGGACCAUUCACAAGCCACGCCCCUUGUGAGCUCCCCUUUGCUGAGUAGCUAGUAGAUGCCAAACACUGUACUUGGCACUUCACAUUCGUGUCGAACCCUCACAACAACCCUUUCAUAAUGUUGUACCUGUUUUAUAUCUGAGGAAACUCGGGCUCAAGGCACACUAGCUGGGAAGAGGAGGAAAGGGGAUUUGAAUUCAGGCUGGCCUGACUUCCAUGCCUGUGCCCUCCCCCCUUAAGAGGCAAGCCAGGCAGGGGAGAGGGAGACGCUGGCUGGCUGGCUGCCAGGAGCAAGUAGCAAACUGGCUUCCCUGGGGUGUGCGUGAGGGGGCCUCGGGGCUGCUCCCCCACCCCCCACCCCUCCGACUCAUCGUAGCAUCUACUGAAGGCUGCCCUGGACCCUGUAUGGCUGCUCCAUGCAGGGGGAUGCCCGGGGCCCUGUUUCCUGCUCCUGUGCUGGUGCCCCUGGGGGAGAGAGCUGAUGGAGCAGAGGGAACCGACGUGGUCUCACGUGCCAGCCUCGAGGGGCUCUGGUGGCUCAAGGGCCAGCAGCUGGAUCUCCAGCAAACUGAGCUACAUAGUAAGCAGUAGCCCUGUGAGGCACUGGGGACCCAAGGGCCAGGCAGACCCCUCCUGUCCCUCUGCUGCUGCCUCCUGCCCCCUCCGGCACUAGAAGAGUGAUUUUCUUUUCCUUUUUUUUUUUUUUCCUUUCCCCAUGCAUUCUCCCGUUCCGUGAUCUCACUGGAAGGAACCCAGGGCAGCCCUUGCCCCCAUUUUGACAGCUGUGGUUCACUGAGGCACAGCCACACUGCAGAACGAGGAUCAGGACCCAGGGCUUCUGGCUCCCAGCCCAGAGCUCUUGCCUGUGGACCAGGCUGCCUGGGCGGGGGUCAGGGUGAGAGGGCAGCACCCCACCCGACCCUGCCCUGCAGGACAAGAGGAAGUGGUGCUGUCCUGCCCCUGAGAUCUCUGGUGCAGAGUGUUCACCUGCUGCCCUGCUUCUGGAACCACCAGGCUGGCUUUCCUGGGGAUGCCCACUGUCUGCCUGCAGUGCCAAAGAUUUCUUUCUGUGCCAACAGUCCUCUUCUGCUCUCCCUUCCCCACCCCUCCUCACUACCACUUGAGCUCUGGAUGCUUCUAUAAGAAAAAGAGCUUCCCCUGAUCCACAGUAGCAUCUUUAUUCCUUCCUUCUUUAGGUCAGUACAUCCCAUUGUCCCGAGAAUCAUGGGACAGACCCUGAGGGGCCCUCACAGCGCCCUGCUGGCCCCUUGGCCCUGUGUCCAGCACCUGGGCAGGGGGGUGGGCAGAUCGCAGCUGGGGCAGAACAGAGAUUGGGAGAGGGCCGCCUACUCUCCAAGGUCCUCACUUGGGAAGAAGCGCCAAUGCACGUUUUCCUGAGGUUUUGACCCACUUUGCCAUAAACACCAUUUGCGAAGCCGACGUGCAGGAUUUGACUACAUUUCGAAAGACAGAACUCUAGAUUUUUUUUUUUUCUGAUUCUCUUUCUGCUUUCACUGACCUCUUCAAAUAUUUUGUGAGUGCCUACUAUGUGCUAGGCGCUGGGCAUAGACCAGGCUGCGGGUGACUCCGCACCUGGCUGUGAAGAACUUAGAUUUUUGUGUGCAAAUUCCACUGAAGGGGCCUGUCUUUGGCCUCAUGCCCUCCCCCCUGGUGUCAGCUGGGGGGGGAUGGGCUGGUUCUGCCUUUCUCUGGGCAGAAAGUUUUCCUGCAAAUGAAAGGAUUAGCCUUUUGAUUAUUAUUAUUAUUCUGACAUGGACUGAUGGUACUGAAGCCACACUUCUCUGUGUUCACCAUUCUUUCCUCAGGACACAUCUGUAACCUGAGGGCACUCCCCUCCAGCUCCUUUUGCCACAGUGAUGGCAUGUCCCAAGACAGCUGCAGGCGAGGGGUCCUGAUACCCAGUGGCUCUCCCCAGCUGUCCUCGCCUGGGGAUUUCAGUUUUCCACCAUCCAGGACUGUAGCCAUCAUUCUGUGAGCAGUGGACGGAGUAUAUGCAAAGUCCCCUGGAGUUAGCGCCGUGGAAAAUGUCCAGGGUCAUAGGAAUAACUCCCGUGCCAAGCCCCGGGCAGGUUACCGGUGCUUAAGCACACUCCCUCCCUUCACUUCAUCCUCACAGCCACCCUGUGAGGUGCCUAGGGUCAGCCCCGAUCUGUAGUGAGAAAAUUGAGGGUCAGAGGAUGACGUCCCGUGCCCAGCUUCAUCCAAACAGUGACCAAGCUGAGACUUGAAUCCAGGCUUUUUUUUCUCCCCAGUUACCAUGACUUUUCCUCUGCCAUCUGUGGUGAAAGAUUCAUGGCGUUUCCAGAGAAGCAGGUGACCCUCUCUCCUUUUUUUUUUUUUAUUAAUUUUUCCUCUUUUUUUUUUUUUUUUCUUAACGGAGGUACUGGGGACUGAACCCAGGACCUCGUGCAUGCUAAGCCUGUACUCUACCACUGAGCUACACCCUCCCCGCCCAAUUUUGGUUUUUCCUCCCCUCGCCCCAUGAUCACACAUGUCAGUAGGUCACAGGCCAAACACUGGCCUGAAAAAGGCAGGCAGGGGUGGGUUUUAGUCCUUUGCUUGUGAUGACUGUCUAAUCUUACAACUUAGGGCAGACCUACUGCUAGGGGGAGCACCAGAUCUUUGGAAAAUCGGUUUUAGGACCACCACUUGAUAAAACAGGCCUUUGCUCAAGUUUUUCACUCGGAAUUUCUUUGCCCGUUUGGUGGGGUUAAAUCCUUAUCUGAAGAAGAGAUGUGGGGAGAAGCUGGGCUCCAGCUCGCACCACUCUGAGUGCCCUGCCCCGCCCAGGAGUUGCUCAAGCCCCAUCAGGCUUCUCGCAACCACGGUGUUCGUCCUCCACAGAGCCUCCUCCAACUUCUUGGCCUUAAAACACUUCUGGGCCCACUGGGGAUUCCCUUACCAGGUUGAACAUAGAAAAGCAAAUUUGCCACCUUGCAAGACACAUGCCAGAUCUCCCCAAGGUUUGGAAGGCCCUUGGCUUAAGCUGAGGGACGAACAGUCUAGCAUUUACUCAGCCUGUACCAAGCACACAGCACUGAGUGAGGAAGAAAUUGCUCCUGCCCUCAGCUGCCGACGCGCCAGCACCAAGGAUGGGAACAUUCAGGGCCUGGCUCCCAUCCUUUCGCUGUGUCUGACCCAGGUGUUGGGUCAGGCUGCUCCCGGGAAGUCUUGCCCUCCACUUUGGGCUGUGACGGUGGACACCUGACAGCCUGAGUCAUGCGCGGCAGUCUUGCCCCCUCCUUGGUUGUCCAGGCGCAUCCUUCAGGGCUCUUGCUGCAAACAGCCAUACCGCACCAUAGACCAAAGACUACCUGUUGUCAAACCGUGUGGUCUGCACGAGUGGGGAACUGGCUUGUGCUGAGGCCUGAGGGUACGGGGAGCCCUCCACUAGCCUGGAGGAAGUGCUCCUAACUGGGCUGAGCUUCUCACGCCCAGGUGGACCUCCACCCGUGAAGGUCACAGAGUUAUGAUGGAGUUCAAACCAGGAGGCUCCAUAACCAGUCUGCUCACGGACCCCCUGUGGAGGGCCCCUGCCACCGACUUGACCAUCCAGCCCCGUGGGGCAAUGUCUGGUGCUACCCUGCCAAGUUACCAACCCCCUAUCAUGUUUCAACAGUCCAUCUUCUUUCCUUUUUUUAUCCUCUACUCCAAAGUAGGCCUUCUAAGCUCCAACCAGGGACAAGGGACUCCAACUCUGUUGUCCCUGAAGAGGCCAAACCCAGUGCCGCAGCCAGUAGCCUUCACAUUCAAGUCUUGCAUAAACGUGCAAGAGGAGGUGGGCCCCACCAGGCUUAUUACAGCGAUAAGCAAUUCUAACACGACUAAGGUAACCACGUGUCACCCCAGUGUGUGCCUGUCUGCACCACUGUGCCUACAUAACUGUUAACAAGGCCCCUUUCACUCUCAUGGGGGUGAUAACAAACUGGUCACCUUGGCUGCAACCCACAUUUCCUGCUGCAGGGAGCCACCAAGUAAUGGGCCAUUUCUCACAUCCCUCUGGGAACGGUGGACUCUGAGCACCACCCCAGCACCUCGUGUCUUCUCUAGGGUGAUCCCUGGAUGUCUCAGCACUCCUCAGACCCUUGGCAAGCUGACAGAUUUGGCGAUGUUUUUUGUCUUAAUAGACACACACACAUACACAUACAAGGCUAUAUAAUGUGAGGGGGGAGGGAUGGUGAACAAUGAAUUAGCUGUAGCAUGUAUAGACUAUCCACUUUACCAUUAGACAUCUCUUUUUCUUUUUUUUUUUUUUUUAAAUAAAGUGCUUGACUGGUUUCAAGCUUCAUUGUGAA